AUGCUUGGUGAAGACAUUGGCAAUGGUCUUAGCAGUUUCCAUCUCGGCAAUCUUCCUGCUGGCAAAACAGCCGAAAUUCACCUUAAAGUCUCAUUCUUUGCCGACAUCAACGAGAACGGCUACUACUACAAGUUCCCACUAACACACAGGUACCAGAAUGGCGCAGUUACCAGCGACUACUCAGACAAUCCAGAAUCAUUCCAUUUCGCAACUACAAUCAAAACACAGAGAGAUAUACAAGACCUUAAAGUAUCUGUUGAUGGCACCAAAGACGUCAAAGAUGCUCACAACGCCACAUUUGUCACAAAUAAUCCACCAGCAAAAGACGCAAUUGUUAUUGAGACCCAUAUCAAAGACGAAGAUAAGAAUAUUGCCAUUUAA